UCAAAGCCAUCUUCAACAAAAUCAAUUUAAUUUUAAAAUUCUAUGUUAAACCUAGUCAAUACACAGAAUAAUAUUUUUUCACAUAAAAAUAGUUUUAAUCUGAAAUGUAAAUAGCUGUUAACUGAUGCGUUGCAAGCUUGGUUUCGAUAAAAAGACAGAAUAUGAAAAAGGAAGUAUAAUAUAUAAAAGUGGCUUUAAUAUACUCUAAAAGGGUAAAAUAAACGCAUCAUCUCUGGAUGCAAAUAAACUGAUUCUUUUGUGAUAAACUUAAACUCAUCGACGACCGCCCAGUCAUGUCUGAGAAAGGAAAAGGAAAGUAUGGCAUUGUUGAAGAUGUUCUGAAGAAAGGAAGUAAAAAAGUAACACCAAAGGAGACAGAAGCGGCUCUGAAAGCGUUUAAUGAUAUGACCCAAGAGCUAGAAAGUUUAAGAACUCUCUCUUCAAACCAGGGCGAGGGCAAAAAGCAAAUUGAUAAACUAAAGGAAGAGAACCGAAAAUUGAUGGAAGAAUCAGCAAACUUGAGGAUGCAAAGAGAUGAGUUUCGAAAUAGGUUAAGCUCGAUUGCCGGUCAGAAAAUGACAGAAGGUAAUUCUGACAUCGCCGAUUUAAGCGAUCCUUUUCGACCUACCAAUUUGGCUGAACGGUUCGGUCAAAUGUACGAUGAUACAUGGACACAAGCGUACGAGACAUUACAUAACAACGCUGCAACUGACGAAUGGAAAAUAAUCGACUUUCUGGCCGAUAUCAUCAAGAAUGUCGAUGAUAUGUGCUUAAGGACAAGUGCGGAUCAGAUUAGCAAACUUGGACAUUAUAUAACAGAUGAUCUUGUUUCUCCGAAAUUGCAAACAGAAAAGGGCACUUUUGUAGCAUCAACCACUUCUAUUAUGCAAAUGGAUGAAAAGCAAAAGGAACGAGUGUAUAAACUUUUGAAAGAGUUUCGAAAAUCGUUUGCAACAUAUGCGCCUCGGCCACUUGUGGAGAUAUUUGAAAAGUGCUACAUGGAGAAGAUACAACAAGCCUGGAAAAUUUCAUCUUAUAAUGCAGACAUUAGAACGUUCGUCUCCAAAUGUGUUGAAAUUAUAUGGCUUAUGAAAAUACAAAGUCCUCCCAUGGAGUUACUAUGGCAACAAAGUGGUGAUCCUUGUGACAAAGAUAGAUUCGCGUUUUACACUAAAAAAGGUGAAAAGGUGGAACGAUGUGUUUGGCCAGCAGUCAUAUUGCAUGCUGGUAAUGGACCAUUAGUAUCUAAAGGUGUUAUACAAGGCAUUUAACAACUUCAUUGUUACUCUUACUGUAUACUCCCGUAGACAGAAAUAUACCCCAGUGAAAAUGCACAUUAUAUGUACAGUCCUUUAUUUCAUUGCUUUGAUAUGUAUGUACUUACAAUUAUCAUCUGUCAUGUAUCUUUGACAUUAUAAAUUUAUAUAAAUUA